CACUUUCUAUUCUUUUCUGGAUUGACAACUGGCUUGGUUAUAGGCUCAUUGACAGGAUUGAGAUUCCCAGCGCUGUCCAUCCGCAUCUUCAGCAGCCGAUCGAUCUCUAAUUAUUUUUAUGAUAGUUCCUGGUAUUUCACUUUGGAUUUUCUGGUGGCUUUUCCUGAGAUUACUUUUGACAUUAAUUGUUUCGACCCCUAUCUUUGGGGUCGAUGAUCGUCGUGCUUGGACUCAUUCUCACUUUGGAGAGGUUACUUCGUCUUAGCCAUGGAUUAUAUUCAUCCUAGCUUUCCCACCGUGGACUGGGGAAAGUGGAUUUGGCCGUCUUUCAUCCCGGUUCGUCGCUCUAUUGUUACUUGGCGCAUUAUUUUGGGCCGUCUCCCGACAGCUAGCCUUUUGCGCCGCCAGGGCUUCCAGGGUCCGGGGUGGUGCCCGCUCUAUAGGACAGCCGGAAAGUACAAUGUUCAUCUUUUUUGGGAGUGUUCGAUUGCCAAGCAGGCAAGUCGCGAACCUUUGGCCGGUCGGUGUCAUGUCCAUUGUUUGGGGUAUUUGGAACCAUCGGAAUAAGGCGGUGUUUGAUGAUGCUUCUAUUUCUGCCACCACUUUGGCUGUCCAGGUCAAGGCUUUCAUUCUUGAGGCUUCUCGUUUCAAUCUUGGCGAGAUGACUAACUCGGUUGAGGAGUUGCCGGUUCUUCAUGGUCUUGGGGUGCCGGGCAAACCCUGUCGUCCUACCUCUUAUGUUUAUGUCUUUUGGCUGCCUCCUCCGUAUCCUUGGCGAAAGAUCAACAUUGAUGGGUCUGUCCAUGGUUCGCCGCUCUGUAUUCACGCGGGUGACAUCAUUCGUGACUCCAGCACUGUGAUUGGGUGCUUCCAUUUUGCUGCUGGUAGAGACUGGGCUUUCAAGGCAGAGCUUUUGGCUCUGAUUAUUGCCUUGGAGCAGGUGGUGGUCCAGGGUUGGGAUUACAUUUGGAUUGAGAUAGACUAUACUUAUUUGGUGGAUCUCUUCUGUUCUUGCUCAUAUUCGGUUCCUUGGCGGUUCUUCAGUAGGUGGUGGAAGAUUCUUCAGGAUAUUACUGACUUGCAUAUUAUCAUUACUCAUAUCUAUAGAGAAGAGAACCACGUUGCUGACUUCCUUGCUUCUUCUGUGGUGGAUGAGGGUUAUUGGCCUUUUGCUAUUUCGUAUAUUCUGCAGCUGGUGCGAGAUGACAAUCGUUCUCUUCCCUAUGUCCGGAUCGUUCAGUAGUUUGUCUUUGGUGGGUAUUGGUGCGGAGCGCUAGUUUGGAAGUUUUUCAGGGUUCUGGUGUGCUGGUCUCUGCUCCUUCCAUGUGAUCUCCUUUGGGUUGCUCUCUUUAGUUUCUGCUGCUUUACCAGCAUUUCUAUCUCUCUCUGUUUUUGGUUCUUGUUUCUGUUUUUUAUGUUUUCUGUCUCCGGCUGGUAAGCCGGGCUUCCUAGGGGAGAUGGUUUGGCCGGAGUCUCUGAGGUUGUCCCAUUUCCGCUUACCGCCGGUGUUUCCUAUUGUCUCUCUAGACGGGCACUCUUUUUCCUAUUUAAGGAUUUUCCCUUUGGAUUUACCUUAAAGAGGUUUUAAUGAGGCUCGACCCUUAGUUUGCGCCUGUGCUCUUAAGGGUUUUGGAUCUUUUUGUUCAAUUUUUUGUUUUUCUCAAUAAAAUUUAUAUUUCAGUAGUUACAA